GAAGAUUUUACUAGAAUCCAAAACAGUAACACUUUUCCAUCAUACAGCAACACAUAAACAGACAUUUAAUCCAGAAGAACCUGUGCGAGGCCCUCGCUUAGGCCGCACAAUAAAAGCCCUCGCCUAGCAUAAUGAAAUAAACCCCUGCGCAAGAAGUCUGUCAGAACAGCAUCUCGCCAUUUUCGUUCCACCGACCUGACUCUUCUAAGAGCAAACCUCUCAUUCAUCAUGGACCAAAGACUUUCCCUAAGCCCUUGUUCGGACCUGAGCGAUGCUCCCUCGGAUAUCACGAUAUCCGUACACAUGCCGCUGAGCAUGCAGGAAAAACUCGAUCUCUACCAACCAUCUACGCCAGACGAUGACGCAGUAAAGGUUCUGCGCGAAACAUUCCGCUACCUGCCCGCUGAUGGCAGGGUUAACCUUGUCAGCGACGUCACGGGCUGUGAAACCGAUACGCACCUAAAACAGCUUGCGGAAAGCAUCGUCUCCGGCAUUCUCGUCCCUCUCAAGGCGAUGGGAAAGAAAGCGCAAAUCACACCGUCACCAAGAUCAAAUGCGCAGGAAGCCGUGGAUAGCACGAGUAUCGCAAUGACGGACCCCAUCGUCCGCGAGCAGCAGAGACUGCGCAGAGAAUGUCUGCAACGAGAGGGCAACAGAUGUGCUGUCUCCGGCGUCUACAACGCCGAGCAUAUGGCGACUGCACCAAGUAACGUGAUCACGGCAAAUCUUGAGGCUGCGCAUGUCAUCCCCUUUGCAUUGGGGAUCUUCAAGAACGAGAACGAGCGCCAGCGAAUCGCCACAAUUUGGACUUACCUUCAUCGAUACUUUCCCUGUUUGCUGUCUCGUAUAGGCUUUGAUUAUGAGAGUUUGAAUAAGGUCGAAAACGUUAUGAUGCUCGAAAAGUUGCUACAUGGGGAGUUUGGGGCCUUUAAUUGGACCUUAGAGGCUACCGAGACUGUGAACUAUUACACAAUCAAAACCUUUCCCCGCCUCCCUACGAUCUUGCAGUUCCACCUGCCAGCGAACAGAAGCAUACAGCUAAAAUCUCACGACGGUCGCUGGCCUCUGCCAGAUCCUUCCCUGCUCGCGGUGCACGCCGCCAUCGCUAACAUCCUCAAUGCGACUGGUCGCGGGGAAGAGAUAGAUCGGAUCCUCCGCGAUUACGGCGAAUCUGGCGGUUUAUCGGCGGACGGACGCACUGAUGUCUCUCAGUUGCUCUCUGUGAGCGACCUCGCUGUGCUGGCGUCCUCGUGGAAGCCAAACAUUGACCUGUCCCCCUUGAAAUCGAGGUCAAGCCCGACAAUGAAGCACCCGAACAAAGGCGACACAUUCCAUUAUAACGUGCAAGAAAAAGAGAACUAGAUUCUCAGUAUUGUGGCGCGAGAUAGCCGUGUUUCCGGGAGCUUUUGGUUUCAUUGCACCGCCAAAGUUGUGCAUUGUUUAGAAUUAGAUAUCAGGCUUUUUUACAUAUUACUAGUGCUGGAGCAUGUGGCCUUGAUCUCAUAUGUGGCACGGCACUAUUAUCAUUGACUAGUAUCCGGUUUGGUCAGAACUGAAAUGUAGAGUAUAGCUCAAUUGAAGCCAAGGCGAAAAUCAUCACAAG